AGACUUCUCAGACCUCUCAGACUUCUCAACUGUUCUCACUUCACUUAAGGAUAUUACAUCACGAGAAAUAGCAUCUUCUGAGUGCCCCAACUGCCAACUGCACAGAGACUGGAUUUUUCAAAGGGAAAAAUGUGGCAAAAGGCUAUUGUGAUGGUGGUAAUUCUGGGCUUCACUAGUCAGACUGAAGACAUUGAAUUCAAAAGUGACCUACCCCACCUCCUUCUGCAAGACAAUAACUCUAAUUCCAGUUUUAUCAACAAGGACAGAGAUUAUGUUGAAGAUGGUGCAUUUGAAGAGAAGUCAGAUCUCCUGAAAGACAUAGCCUCUCCUACCAGUUUUGUCACCAAGGACGAUGCUUAUAUCAAAGACAUAGAAUCUGAAUACAUGUUGGUUUCUCCAAAUAUACACUCUGACCUUACAAGUGCAUUGCUGCCGCCUCACAAAGAGGCACAAGCAAAGAAAGAGAAUGAAACCCCAAAAGAGUGGCCAGUAAAACGAUUUCGGCGGGAAAAUGUAGUGGAUGAGGGUUCAGGAAUGUCUGAAAAUGAAACUGUAGUGGAUGAGGGUUCAGGAAUAGGGAAUGAGGGUUCAGGAAUAUCUGAAAAUGAAACCACAUCUGGAACAACACAAUCAACAUCAACUGGGGCAACCACCACAACCACUACAAUUUCCACAGCAACAACUCGUCCGGCUCCUGUUAUUCAAUUGCAGGCUGUUAUACUUAUAGUAUUCACGGCAGCUCUUGAGGACACGCAGAGCCAAGAGUUCCGGCAGCAAGCAACAGUGGUUGAACGUGCAUUUGAUGUGAUCUAUAGUGAAAAGUAUGGUAUUUUGUUCGUGCGGACUAUUGUUAUAGCAUUCAGGCGGUCUACUCGUAACCGAAUGGACGAAGUUGAGACAGAUAUUGAACUUGUGUUCAACGAGGAUUCAACGGAACCCCUUCCUCAAAGUUCUGAUGUGGUUAAUACCUUGGUUACUGCAAUGACCAGCCCUAAUUCAGGCUUUAAUCUGACUGUGCUAGCUGACUCCAUAAGGGUUACAAGUGCCCCCCGCCUAAUGAGCAUUCCCCAAUUCCGCACCAAUGAAACAUUUACUGAUGAUCUUUCUAAUUCCCUCUCCAAUGCCUUCCGUAAUAGAUCCUCACUCAUCAAAAGAGAGCUGGAGCCAUUUUUCCUUGAAGAUAUCCAAGAUUUCAUAAGCCUCACUCCAACAAGCUUCAGAAAUGGUUCGAUUAUUCAUUCAACAAACCUUACCGUGACCGCCAACGGCACAUUUCCUAAUGACUUGCAGAUUAUAGGCACCUUGACUAGAGCUGCGUUGAGUGGAAAUGUGUCAUUUACCAUCAUCUCCAUCAAUGGCAUAGCAUUGUCAGCUGGUGAAGUCAGCAGCAGUAUUAACCUCAUGAGUGUCUGUGGGCUCACCAUACUGUCACUCCUUGCGGCUAAGCCCUGGUAGACCCUGAGAUCUCUCACCUUUGACCUUGUUCACGCAGAACCUACUGUCAUGAAGUAAAAGUUUGUUUUGCCUACUCUGGCACUAUCUCGUCCCAUCACUUUU